GUCGUCCAUUUACUCGUUCGCCCAAAACUCCUCGCCUUGGCGAAACACCCGAAACAAAAAUCCAAACCCUCCCAAAACAGUUCAAUCGCUCCUCUUAUGCGCUCCCUCUAUCAAAUUCGUAUCUCGACAGGGCAAGUUGGGGUAGAGUGACGGGGAGAGAGAGCGGGAGAGGAAGGGGCGAAUAGAGAGUGGCAAAAGGAAGGGGGAGGAAUGGGGCAGCCUUCGGUCCCGCCGGUGCCGCCUCUCGCCCCGCCGUCGCUGCCGCCGCCGGUGCCGGAGCCGCCCCCGGGGAGCCGCCAGGUCCGUUGCGCUGGCUGCCAUGGGAUCUUGGCGGUGGCGCCGGGGAUGAUGGAGUUCAUCUGCCCCAAGUGUCAACUACCGCAGAUGCUGCCACCAGAGCUUUUGGGUGCCCCCCCUCCCAGGCGCGCGCCGCCCAAGGCCCAGGGUAUCGAUCCCACCAAGAUCCAGCUUCCCUGCGCCCGUUGCAAGGCCAUCCUCAAUGUCCCUCAUGGCCUCGCCCGCUUCAAUUGCCCGCAGUGCGGCGUGGACCUGGCUGUCGACCUCUCCAAGCUUCAACAGUACUUCCCCACGGCCUCCUCCUCCCCCGCCGCCUUCCUUGGGUUUCCACCUGUCCCGCCCGAGGAGAUCAAUGAGGUUGCUAUUGAUGUGGAGCGCGAAGAAGAUGAAGGUGGUACAGUUGGGGAAACCUUUACUGACUAUAGGCCCCCCAGACUAUCACUAGGUCAAACGCAUCCAGAUCCAGUUGUCGAAACAUCUUCCUUGUCAGCUGUUCAACCUCCAGAACCAACAUACCAUCUAAAGAUUAUGGAUGAUCUGGAGAAAUCCAAUGCACUUUCAUGCUUGCAAAUUGAAACACUAGUGUAUGCUUGCCAGAGGCAUCUUCACCAUCUCCAAGAUGGUGCAAGAGCAGGCUUUUUCAUUGGUGACGGUGCUGGUGUUGGUAAGGGUCGAACCAUUGCCGGAUUGAUAUGGGAAAAUUGGCAACAUGGGAGGUGUAAAUCACUGUGGGUUUCUGUUGGUUCUGACUUAAAGUUCGAUGCACGCAGAGAUUUAGAUGAUGUUGGUGCUUCUUGUAUUGAAGUUCAUGCUUUGAACAAGCUUCCCUACUCUAAGCUCGACUCGAAGGCUGUUGGCAUAAAGGAUGGAGUAAUUUUCUUAACAUACAGUAGCUUGAUAGCAUCAUCUGAAAGAGGCCGUUCUCGGUUGAUGCAGUUGUUGCAGUGGUGUGGAUCAGAAUUUGAUGGCCUAGUUGUGUUUGAUGAGUGCCAUAAGGCCAAAAAUUUGAUCCCUGAGACAGGAAGUCAACCUACUCGGACAGGUGAAGCAGUUCUUGAAAUCCAGGCAAAAUUACCUGAGGCUCGAGUUAUUUAUUGUUCUGCAACUGGUGCAUCUGAGCCACGAAAUCUGGGUUACAUGGUGCGUCUUGGACUGUGGGGAGCUGGAACUUGUUUCUCUCAGUUUCAUGAUUUUCUAGGGGCUCUUGAUAAGGGUGGCGUUGGAGCACUGGAACUGGUUGCCAUGGACAUGAAGGCUAGGGGUAUGUAUGUUUGUCGUACGCUAAGUUAUAAAGGCGCUGAGUUUGAAGUAAUAGAAGCACCCUUGGAGGAGAGAAUGAUGGAUAUGUUUAAGAAGGCUGCUGAAUUCUGGGCUGAGCUACGUGUUGAAUUAUUAUCAGCAAGUGCUUUUCUUUCUGAGGAUAAGUCAAACUCUAGUCAGGUUUGGCGGCUGUAUUGGGCCAGCCAUCAGCGUUUUUUCAGACAUAUGUGUAUGUCAGCCAAGGUUCCAGCUGCUGUGAGGCUAGCCAAGAAGGCAUUGGCUGAGGGUAAGUGUGUUGUGAUUGGCCUUCAAAGUACAGGAGAAGCUCGAACCGAGGAGGCUGUGACGAAAUAUCAGGGCCUUGAGCUGGAUGACUUUGUCUCCGGCCCUCGUGAACUUCUGCUUAAAUUGGUGGAAGAAAACUAUCCUUUGCCGCCAAAGCCUGACUCAUUUCCAGGUGAAGAAAGUGUCAAGGAACUUCAACGUAAGCGGCAUUCUGCCACUCCUGGUGUUUCAUUUAGAGGAAGAGUACGAAAAGUUGCAAAAUGGAAUGUUGCUGGGGAUAGUGAUAGUUUUGAGGAAUCACUAUCGGAAUCUGAUCUUGAAUCAACAGAGUCUGAUGAAGAGUUCCAAAUCUGUGAAAUAUGUAACAAUGAAGAGGAGAAGAAACUGUUGCUUCGGUGUUCCUGUUGUGCUCGACUAGUCCACCCUGGUUGCUUAGUUCCCCCUUGGACAGAUUUAGUGUCUGAUGAUUGGUCAUGCUACUCGUGCAAGGAGAAAACUGACGAAUACUUAAAGGCAAGAGAUGCAUAUGUUGCUGAACUCUUGAAAAGGUAUGAAGCUGCACUGGAGCGGAAAACAAAGAUUUUGGAUAUCAUCCGGUCCUUGGACUUGCCAAAUAAUCCCUUAGAUGAUUUAAUUGAUCAGCUGGGAGGACCAGAAAAUGUUGCAGAAAUGACUGGCAGACGAGGUAUGCUUAUCAGGACUUCUGGUGGAAAAGGUGUUAUUUAUCAAGCAAGGAGCACGAAGGAAGUUGCCAUGGAAAUGGUUAAUAUGCAUGAAAAACAAUUGUUUAUGGAUGGCAAAAAAUUGGUUGCUAUAAUAUCUGAAGCAGGAUCUGCAGGUGUAUCCUUGCAAGCUGAUAGGAGGGUACUAAAUCAGAAAAGGCGGGUCCACAUCACUCUUGAGCUUCCCUGGAGUGCUGACCGUGCAAUUCAACAGUUUGGUAGAACUCAUCGCUCUAAUCAAGCUUCGGCACCACAAUAUAGGCUUCUUUUUACCACCCUUGGUGGUGAAAAGCGUUUUGCGUCAAUUGUUGCAAAGAGGUUGGAGUCUCUUGGAGCUCUAACACAAGGAGAUCGCAGGGCUGGCCCAUCAUUGAGUGCUUUCAACUAUGACAGCAAUUACGGAAAGAGGGCCCUUAUGAUGAUGUAUAGGGGAAUAAUGGAACAGGAUCCUUUGCCUGUGGUACCUCCUGGCUGUUCAUCUGAAAACCCAACAACAAUUCAAGAAUUUAUCACCAUUGCUAAAGCUGCUCUUGUGUCAGUUGGAAUUGUCAGGGAUACGAUAAUCUGCAACGGAAAGGAUGGUGGAAAAGUUUCUGGACGUAUAGUGGAUUCAGAUAUGCAUGAUGUUGGACGAUUCUUAAAUCGUCUUUUGGGCUUGCCACCUGAUAUUCAAAACAGGCUGUUUGAGUUUUUUAUCAGCUUCCUGGAUCUUGUUGUUCAUAAUGCUCGAAAUGAAGGGCAGUUUGAUUCAGGAAUUGUUGAUAUUAAAGCUAAUGUUAUUGAACUGCAAGGAUCACCAAAGAUAGUUCAUGUUGAUAGUCUUUCUGGUGCUGCUACGGUAUUGUUUACAUUCACAGUUGACCGUGGAAUUACUUGGGAGUCUGCAAAAACUCUACUGGACGAAAGGCAGAUGGAUGGAGUUGCUUAUGUUAAUGAUGGAUUCUAUGAAUCUAGAAGGGAAUGGAUGGGUAGAAGACACUUCAUAUUGGCGCUUGAGUGUUCCGGUGCAGGUACUUUUAAAAUUUUUCGUCCUGCUGUUGGGGAAGCACUAAGGGAAAUGCUUGCAGCUGAACUUAAAAAUAAAUAUAAAAAGUUGUCUUCGAUUGAUAAAGCCAGCAAAGGCUGGCAAAAUGAGUAUGAGGUUUCUUCUACCCAGUGUAUGCAUGGGCCCAAAUGUAAACUUGGCAAUUAUUGUACGGUUGGGAGGAGGUUACAAGAGGUGAACAUUUUGGGUGGUCUUAUUCUUCCUGUAUGGGGAUCUAUAGAGAAGGCUUUAUCUAAGCAAGUCCGCCAAAGUCAUAGAAGGUUACGUGUUGUGCGCUUGGAGACUACAACAGAUAGUCAGCGUAUUGUUGGCCUUCUUAUUCCAAAUGCUGCAAUUGAAUCAGUCAUGCAAGAUCUAUCAUGGGUUGCUGAUGUUGAAGGUUGACAUGGGAAAAGUUUUGAAGUUACUGCAAAACUUGGUCUGGAUGUCAGAUAUUGAAUCUUGUGGAUUUGAGAGAGGUGCUUAAGCAAUUGGAGCUUGAUUCGAGAUAGAAGACAGAUCUAUUAUAAAUUUUUGUGCAAAAUACGAGCCACUAUUUUUUGUUGGUAUGUUGUAAAUUGUGAGUGCAUUAAGACCCAGUAUCGAUUGACACCUCAUGCAUUGGGCUUUCCUUUUUUGUAUUGUUGUAAAAUGUGUAAGUACAUAUAGGAAAUUGCUGAUCCGCCAUGUACAAAAGCAAACAUUUAUGCAAUUGAGCAAUGAAAAGUUCAAGCCAAUGUUCGUUUCA